AUGACAUCAGAUAGUACUUUCAUACAAGCAGCGAUUCCACGCUUUGAUGGUCAUUAUGACCAUUGGAGCAUGCUAAUGGAGAAUUUCUUACGGUCAAAGGAAUAUUGGCCAAUUGUCGAGGACGGGAUCAACACUCCAGCGGAAGGCGAAACUUUGAUGAAUGCUCAAAAGGCAGAAUUGGAAGCAAAAAAGUUGAAAGAUCUGAAAGCGAAGAACUAUCUCUUUCAGGCUAUCGAUCGUCCCAUCCGAGAAACUAUUCUUUGCAAAGAAACUUCUAAGGAUAUUUGGGAGUCUAUGAAGAAAAAAUAUCAAGGCACUACCAGAGUGAAGCGUGCACAUCUUCAAGCCUUGAGAAGGGAUUUUGAGACCUUACAGAUGAAGGAAGGAGAGUCUGUAAUGAGUUAUUGUGCUAGAACAAUGGAGAUCAGCAACAAAAUGCGAUUCCAUGGAGAGAAGAUGAAUGAUGUCAUAAUUGUUGAGAAGAUACUACGCUCUUUGACGCCGAAGUAUGAUUAUGUCGUUUGCUCCAUUGAAGAGUCAAAAGAUAUAGAUGAGUUAUCGCUUGACGAAUUGCAAAGUUCCAUACUAGUGCAUGAACAGAAGAUGAAUCGCAAUUCAACUCCUGAAGAGCAGGCCCUGAAAGCUUCUACUUUUAUUCCUUCCAAUUAA